ACCAUCCCGUACAUCGCUCCCUAGCUUAUCCUCGCGCAAAGCAUCGCAUUGGAAUCGCCUCAUUUGCGCGACCACAACCGUGUCGAUCUCGUCACCCCUCAAACCAUGUCGGGCGGAAACAGCUGGCUCGCGCGGCAGCGCAAGACGGAGCUCACGGAGCUGGCACAGGCUGUUGGGCUCAAAGACUACGAGGGCCUACGGAAGAGCGAUCUGGAGCUCGCGCUCGACGAGCACCUGUCGGACCACGCGACGCGCUACCAGUCCGACCCCCGGUUUACCGACUACUUCAAGAGCCGCGCCCGCGCCGGCGGCUCGCCCGUCAAGAAGGAGACUGCCCCUGCGCCAGAUGUAAAGACGUCGAGACGGCGGACCACCAAGGCCGCCGACGCCAUUUCCGCUGCCGACGAGGACGAAGACACAGCGACCUCCCCCGCGCACGUCGCGCAGGCGGCGUCCACGGCGCUGGCGCGCACGCCCGCCCGCGCGCUCUCGCUCGCCUCGCGGAUCUCGCUUCCCGCGACGCCGGCGGACGUGGCGCAGGCGGUCGACCGCGGCACGGUGGCGGUGCGCGAGCGCGUCUCGACGCUGUACCAGCAGUCGCGCAUCCCCGAGAGCGCGCAGCUGACGCGCGAGUGGCUGUCGACGGUGCAGUCGGUCGUGUCGGCCAUCGCGCUCUUCGAGCUGUACAAGCUGCGCCAGGAGGUCCUGCCGGACCGCUACGCCUUCACCGUGCCCGCCGUCCCCCUGCUGCGCACCCCGGACUACCCCGUCCACCUGCCCGACAUGUUCGCCCUCCUGACCCCGGCCUUCUGGUCCCCGACCCUGACCUGGGCCCUGACCAGCGUCGCCCUGCCCGCCCUGUUCGGCUACUUCUUCAACCUGUCGGCCGCGCACAGCAACAACGGCCCCCACCACCGCGGCCGUCGCAGCAGCAGCAGCACCAGCGGCGGCGGCGGCAGCGGAGGCAGCGGCAACGGCGGCGAGUACGCGGUCGACCCGCUCACGUUCAGCAUCGUCAAGGCCGUCGUGACCUACGUCGUCUACGCCCAGGGCGUCACCUUCGGCGGCCUCAUCAGCCCGGACGCCGUCGCCCGCAUCAACUCGGCCCUGUACAGCGGCUGGCGCGGCGUGCUGGUCGGCACCGCCGUGUCGGCCCUCGCCGCCGUGUACGAUGCCGCGCUGAGGAAGUAAAAGUACACUAGGUGGCAUGGCAUGUUGUGCGGGCUGGGAGAGAGAGAGAGAGAGAGAGAGAAAGAGAGCGUUCAUGUGCCGGCGGCGGCGGCGGUGGUGGCGCUGAGGCUGGCCUUGCUUGGGAGGGGAGAGGCGGUUAAGGUUGUUGGGUGAUGGGGGUUGCGGUUGGGAGGCGUUCAGGGCGUUUUCUUGGGUUGCGAGGGCGCUACCUCUUCCCUCGAGUCGUUUUUGGUUUCCUCGUGUCUCUUUAUUUUUUUACCUUACUUCCUCCGUUUCUCUGGCGUCGUGGAAUUCUGGAUUCUCGAAUUGCCUGAUACCAUCCUUAUCUAGUCCGGUUUCCCCUUCUACCGUGGUCUGCCAUGGCACCCUGCCUCGGGUGGGCUCGGUUUGCCCUGGCCCAGAGGGGAAGGGGCAAGAUCGUGUGUACAUGCUGUUGAAUCGCUUUUUCUCCCCAGUUCUUCUGCUUUUCUCCUUGAUCGGUUAGUUUUCACUGAGGUGCUGAAGGUUCCACAGGUGGAAGGUUGGAUGGGAUGGGGUGCUGCUCUGGGGGGCCGGGUUAGGCUGGCAUUUUGAAGUCACCUUCAUCUUUGUUCCGCGGGAGGUUCGCUAGAGACUUGCACGGCGCCUCUAUUCACGGGCCAUAGCUAAAGGAUAGGACGGGGACGGAGAUGGGGACGGGGACGGGGACGGGGACGGGGACGGGGUAUAUAUUUGCUUUAAUGCAUUUGACACCUCUGCUAUUGUGCUCAUCUUGCGUUUCGCAAUUGUGGACAUGACCCUUGGGAGUCCUGCACCUUCCUGACUGUAGCUCUCUGUCUCACGCGCGGCAGGCAGGGGAAUAGGGGAGAGCGAGCAGCAAGCCCAGAUAAGAUACCGCGCCUCAACCACGGCGGGGUCAACUCACCCCUCAUUCUCGUUCUCAGCCUC